CAUCCCACCAUGUACGCAAUCACUGGAGAGGAUGUAGCUCGAGCGAUUUCAUGGCUGCUUGGAUGGUCAUAUUUCACCUCAUGGUCGCUAUCCUUCUACCCACAACCUCUUCGCUGCUGGAAACAUCGCUCCACUCGUGGUAUAACCGUUGACUUCCCCUUGCUGAACAUUGUUGGUUUCACCAGUUACACCAUCUCGACGGCAGCGUUUCUUCUUGCGCCCAAAAUCCGCCAGCAGUAUGCUCUUCGCCAUCCUUUUGCUCCUGAACCCACCGUCCGAUUCAAUGAUUUGAUUUUUGCCUUGCAUGGCAUUAUUGUCUGCUUUGUUUUCUACAGCCAGUUCUACCCGAGACUAUGGAACUUCGAAGUCGUCAAAGGCCAGCGAGCCAGCUCUACCGCUCUUGGUAUCUUUUACGGUAGCAUCGUUGGCGUGGCCAUAACUACUUUGCUAGUAUCCUUGUUCAGAGGUGGAAGAGAUACUCCUGACUCUUGGGCCGAGAUUGAUAUCGUGCGUACAAUGUCGAAUUUUCUCUGUGGAGGCAUNAUAUACGCAUUCUCUUAUGUCAAACUCAUCAUCACUCUCAGCAAAUACGCUCCUCAAGCAUGGUAUGCACCACAAAACAUCAAACACUCUCCGAGCCUAAUCUCGCUUCGCAGGUACAACUACAAGAUCAAGUCCACAGCAGGCUGGGCCAUCGAUAUGAUCUGGCUUGACUUUGCAGGUGGCAUCAUGUCUCUUCUCCAGUUGGUCAUAGACAGCGCAUUGGAAGCUGACUGGAGUGGAAUCACUGGUAAUCCUGCCAAGCUCUUCCUCGCUAUCUUUAGUCUCUGCUUUGAUACAGUCUUCUUUGUUCAGCACUAUAUUUUAUACAGAGGCAAGGCGUUACCAAAGGAGGAUGAAGAGCAGGCUCUUCUCGGAUGA